UACCGGCGCUAUGUUUCACGGAAUUGAAGACGAUCAGGAUGAAGAAAGCAGUGCGCUGCAUCCACGAAGCGACUCUGUUACGCGUGGAACAUAAACAGGAUGCAAACAUGCAUUUUCAAAAAAAAAAAAAGUCUCAUUUUGUCUUUGCCACUCAGACGGAAUACUACAUCAUCUAGCACGGCGAGAAAUCUAAAGGAAAGUUUUUAUGAUACUUUAUUUUUAUUUAUUUAUUUGUUUGUUUUUUUUAAUGUGUGUGUGUGUGUGUGCCAUCUAACGAAACUCUUUUGAAGAUGGCACGCAAGAAACGCAGAGGAUGAAUAUGAGCACGAGCGUACGCACGUUUUAAGAUCAGGUCCGCGAUGGAGCGCUCUGGUGCCUUGAAGCCGACCCCUGCGGCGUAUGGAGAGCUCCUGAACCUUUCGUCGAACUACACGGACGAGACGGCGGAAAAGAGCGCAAGCUUGCUUGCACAGGCGAGCGCGGCUGUGUUCUUGUCUCUCCUCACGUGCGCUACGGCGCUGUCCAAUGCCUUCGUGAUUGCUACCAUAUAUCAAUCCCAGAAGCUGCACACACCAGCCAACCUUUUGAUCGGCUCGCUGGCGGUCACUGACCUACUUGUGUCCGUGUUGGUGAUGCCCGUGAGUGCUGCAUACACCAUUAGCCAAACGUGGACACUGGGCCAGGUGGCGUGUGACCUGUGGUUAUCAUCAGACAUCACGUGCUGCACAGCUUCCAUUCUUCACCUAUGUGUGAUUGCACUUGAUCGCUACUGGGCCAUCACGGACGCCGUGGGGUACUCUGCAAGGCGAACACGUGGCCGUGCCGCCGCUAUGAUCGCUGGCGCCUGGGUCAUUGCCAUAUCCAUCUCAGUGCCACCCUUCUUCUGGCGCCAGGUCAAAACGGAUGAAGAGGUCACCAGCUGCCAUGUCAACCAAGAUCACGUUUUCUACACCAUCUACUCCACUUUUGGCGCCUUCUACAUCCCCACACUACUGCUGGUAGUGCUCUACGGUAGGAUUUACAUAGAGGCGCGGAAACGGAUCUUGAAACAGUCACCUCAAAAGCCAGGCAAAAGACUCACAUCUGCCCAUUUGAUCACAAACUCGCCUGGCUCGGUGGCAUCCACUACAUCGCUCACAUAUGGCACGGCUGAGUUGGCUUCGUACGAGGGUAUGGUGUCUGUCCCAGCAAACAGUCAGGUGAAAGUCACAAUGUCUGAUGCGCUUCUGGAGAAGAAGCGGAUCUCUGCAGCUCGGGAAAGGAAGGCAACAAAAACUUUAGGGAUUAUACUUGGGGCUUACAUCAUGUGCUGGCUGCCAUUCUUCAUUUACACCUUACUUGUGCCUAUUUGCACCUCGUGCACAUUUUACCCAGAGCUGUUUGACUUGUUCACGUGGCUUGGCUAUCUGAACUCGCUCAUCAACCCGAUCAUAUACACCAUGUCCAACGAGGACUUUAAACAAGCUUUCCAUAAACUUAUGCGCUUUAACUGUUGCCGAUCUUGAGUGUUUUGUAAUGAGAAGACUAAUGAGGGGCCAAUCUGAUUUUCAAAGGUCCGAUCAAUGAGAAAAAAAAUGAGAAUAGAAUAUCAGUCACAAUGCCAGUAUCCCUCUCCAUAGCAUUGUCCACCUGUAGGGGGGAUUACAUCAACAUAGGGCGCAAACAAAUCAAUGAACACAGCCAUCAUACAGGUAAACUUCAACGCUGUGGAUUUUAAAGUGUGUCUAUGGCUUUGUUCAUAUUCACACCAAUAGAAUAACAUUUCCCAAUAUAGUAUUUAACAACCCUCAGGCAUUUCACACUUUCAUUUUCAGUGUUGCAAAAUUAGUGUAAAACACACUACUUGGAAUUUUUCAAGCCUUAUACAGGUAUACAGUGGUGUGAAAAAUAUUAGAAUCGAAUACUGUGUUGUGUGUUCACCGCUCUCUGUGUUAAUGUUUCUAGCUGAAGCAGCACUUUAACCCCCCUUAAACUUAUUUUUCAUUUACUAUGAUUUAUUGACUAAUUGAAGAAAUUGGGGCAAAAGCAGACUAUUCCAUUUUCCUGUAAAUAAUUUUGAAACCUGAAUUAGAUUUAUUUUUAUGUCUAGCUGGCAAAAUAGUUACCUGUUCAUCACCAAGCGAGAAAGGUCAACAAAACAACAGGCACAGCCAUGAUGGAUGACGACACUAACUUCAGGUGCUGAAUUGCUGAAAUUGUCAGCAUCUGAGAAUAGUGGGAUAUGGCACAAUGUUGGUUUCUGAAACAAAACAAUGAAUAUCAUGGGAUUUUACAAUGGAGAUAUCUGGUUUUGUGAAUAAACCAGAUGAUGGUGUCACCAUCGAUCCUCUGAUGGUAUUGGUUCAAUUUUUUCCAGUUUGGCACUUGUCGGCUUUUGCGCUUGAACUCUUCAAUUGUAUUACAGCGCUGUUGAAGUCUCCAUUCUGAUUGGUCAGAAGGUGUUGAUGAUUUUUCGAUAACGGCACCCUUGACAGUAUUUCUGCUUGUAUGUCUAAUACGUUAUCCUUCUUAUGGUAUCUAUUAUAUGGUGGACGCUCCACCUAAACCACGUAUUUAUUCAAAAAUGAUGGAAUUAGAAAUGCGUCCUUAUUUAGCAAAGAAAGAUGCAUAAUCAUUGACAAGGUGAAGGUAUUUCACAGUAGAACAGUAUUUAUGGAAGGAGUCUCCACAGUCAGGGCUUUGUAACAGGAACUAACCUGUGUCAUAGAUAUUCCAACUUAACAUAGUUCAUUAAAAGUUUAAACAUUGUUUGCAAAUUUGUGAUAGUAUAAGAGGAAGUGCUGUGAAGUUAUUAAAAAAAAUCAUAAUCAUCUUAAGGGUAUAACUUUGUGUUGAGCCUGAUCAAACAGACCCCAUCAUUGCUCAUGUUAUGAUGAUAUGUCAUAUGUCAUGCUGUAUGUUAAUACAGUUGCACUAGGAUGACUUCAGAUAGCUUGCAAAAUGUCUGUCCUGGAUAUUUUUCAAGGUCACUGGGACGAUUAGCUCUGCCAUGCUAAAAAGCAUGGAAAACAAUUGCCUAUGUUAUGAAUAUUAACUAGGAGCUUCGUUUGGUCCAAUUGCAAUUUAGUUCAGAGUUGAGGAAAAUUAAUUUGAGUAUUUCUCACACCACUGUAAAGUAAUCAAAUAUACAUAUAUGACCUUAAGAACAGUAGAUCCAAGAAGCAGGAUUGUUGCUCUGAAUGUAGAGUCUGGAAUGCCCUUGAUAGAAUAUAAAUGCACAGAGAGUAAAGCACUAUUCAAUUGAAAUGGUUGUAAUAGAAAAGCCAUUAUGUAGUAAAUGCAUGAGAGGAGUGUGUUCUUGGGUGCGGCGUGUCACUGUGCACAGUUAUAUAUGUAUAUACUGUAUGCACAUGCCUGUGUCUAUGCUACUCUUAAUUUCUCUUUUUUUCUAUAAGCUAGUAAUCAUUUUCAUUCUUGUUUUCUGCACCCUUAUUUUCAUUGCAUUAUGGGUAGUUGUUCCUUAGAGCUCCGAUUUUGACAGCUGGUCUGACGUAUCAGCACGCCUAUUGCUGAAAAUGGAAACAUCAGCUCCCCACCACUGCUAAGGACACCAGUGUGUAUUGUUAUUUAACAACUACUUAUUAUUCUCCAAAUGACGUCUGCCAUUGUGAAGCUGUGCAUGGCAUAUCGUCAAAUACAGUACCAAAUGAGCACAAACGACUUACAUGCAAACUUACAUGAACCGUGAUCACCUUGCCAUGGAGCACAAAUAAGUUGGAUGGCAUGACUACAAAACUGACCUAUUUCUGGCACGAAAGCUGCAGUGUUGAUGUAAUGAGUGUCUGUCAACAAAGCUACUGCUGUAUUAUAAGCUUCUGUGCAAUGUUCUGUAACAACCUAUGUUGCAAAUAUUGCA